AUGGUAUUUAAGAAAAAAACUAAAAAUAAAUUUAAACAAUUCUAAAAUUAAAAAUAGAAAUAAUUUGAUCUAUUUGUUUUCAUUGAUGCUAGAAAUAGAAUAAAUAUUUGCUAAUUAGAUGUUAAUUCAACUAAUUUUUCGUGUUUAAAAUAAUUAACAAUAGGCCCAAGCUCCUCUUAAGGUUUCGAUAAUUUAUUUAUUUCAAAAGUGGUAUAAUCUAACGGAGUUAAUUUAUUUGUAUUUGCUCUAAAAGGAGACAAAGCUUACACUUUCUACGAUUUUAGCACUUUUAUUUUUUUGUAAACUUCUGGUUAAAUAAAACAGAUUGAUAGCAUAAAUAAUUCCAUUUAAAUAAAAAAUGUUAUUAUGGUCUAUCAAUAAUAGAAUGUUGCUUAAAAAAUAAUUUUCACAUUUAAUAUCCAAACAUAAAAAGUAGAUGUUGUUUAAUUAGAUUGGAAGAACUCAUAAUAUAGUUUUUAAAAUACAAUUGGUUUUCCUUAACCAACUUUUCCUGGAACAUUACAAAAUUUGAUAAAUGAUAUGAACUUUCAAUAUAAUUAUUAGGGUGAAAUAACUGCUUUAUAAUUUAUAUAAAACGAUGGGUCUAUAUUCUUUCUUGUUUGGAAUAGAAAUUUUAUUCUAGCCACUUGCAGAGAUUAUUGCGAUGAUUGUUAGUAAACAAUAAAUAGUCAGUAGUGUUUAUAAUGUUAAUUAAGCUAAAUUAUUUAGCCUGAUAAUUUUACCUGUGAAAAAGCAUGCCCUAACUUAUCAAUAUAAAAUAAAGUUAAUUUGACUUGUGAUUGUGUUUAAAAUGCAAGCAUAAUAAAUAAUUAAUGCUAGUGCAAUAGCUAAUUUUAUAUGGAUGGAAAUGCAUGCAUUUAAUGCACUAUUCCUUAUUGUGAUUAGUGUAAAGAUUAGAUAACAUGUAUCAAGUGUUAAAAAGGAUACUAUUUAUUUGAAGAUUUAUCUUGUAAAACAUGUGAUAUCUAGAAUGGUUAUUAUAUACAAGGAAACUAUUGUAUUCCUUGUUUUUAAUCUUGUAAAACAUGUGAGGGUAGCUAGUAAAAUUAGUGUACUAGUUGUAAUGGGUCUGGGUUAUUUUUAUAUGAAGAUAAAACAUGUAACAAAUGCAUCACAGAUUAAGGAUAUACAAUAAGUGGAUAAAACUGUUUGCUUUGCUUCCAUUCCUGUUAGACAUGUGAAGGUCCUAAUCAAAAUUAAUGUCUAAGUUGCAAAUUUCCUGAUUUUUAUUUGUUUUAAGAUAAACAAUGCAAAGCAUGUGAUGUUAACAAAGGUUAUUUUAUUAGUAAUUAAAAUUGUAUUACUUGUUUUGAACGUUGCAAGACAUGUUUAGGUGCUAAUCAAAAUUAGUGUACAAGUUGUUAUGAAGGUUAUGAUAUCAUCAAUAAUUUUUGCUAAUAGAUAUUUUUAACUUAUAAGUCUCAGGUUUUUACUGAAUAAAAAAUAGAAUAAAUUUAACAGUUAUCAUCAUCAACAUCAUCAGCAUUAGUUGUUAGCACUACCGUUAUGAACUUAAUUCAAAAUAUAGGAUCUAACUCUAGUUUUGGUAUCUUAAUUUCUAGCCUAACAGUAUAAAAACUAGCUUAUCUAUAUCUUUUGAAUGUAAACUUACCAAAGUAAAUUUACUCUGCAUUAGAAAUUUUAUCUGGAAAAUUGCCUUCUCAGUAGUUUAAAGUUUUAAAUCCAUUUAACUAACUAUUAGAUAACUAUUUGAUAUAAUACUAAAACAUUAAAUAUUAAAAAAUGGAACUUCCUUAUCACAUUUUAGUCAACUGUGGUUAAGCAAUAAUUUUAUUUGCUAUAUGCUCUUUUCUCUUUGCACUAUUUUACAUCCUAACAGAGAAAAUUUAGAUAGAUAAAGUCAAACAAAUUUCAAUUAAAAUCUACUAAUCUUUAUUCUCAUCGUUGCUGAUUUAGUAUUUUCAGUUAAUAAUAUCAAUUUUCAUAAUUAGUAUCAACUAACAGAUCAAAGAAUUCUUUUUAUAAUCAAGUAUUGAACAAUUAGGAAUUAAAUAAUUUAUUACACUCAUUUUAUUUAUAUUAACAGCAUAUAUAUAUAAAUAACAAUACAAAUAUUUAAAUAAUGAAAAUAAUAUGUAACCAGAGAUGAGCUUUUAAGAAAUUACUAAAAAUAAAAUACGAAAUGAAACCAUUUACGAAUCAAAAUUGAGAAGAAAUUUUAUAAUUAUUUACCAAUUUUAUGAGUCUUUUCUCCUACCUACCUGCUUUAUUUAACUAAGCAAUAACUGGAUGACAGCAAAUAUUAUAUCAAUAAUCCUUUAUUUAAACCUUUUGAUAAUGGUUAUCUACCUGAGGCCUUUUUUCUCUAGAUUAACUAAUAUUUAUUUUAUAAUUAAUUAUCUAUUUUGGUUGUUGCUAUAAAUUUAAUUCUUGGUGCUCAAUUAUUACUGUGAUUAAAAUAAUAUCUCUGAAUAUAUAUAAGAUAUUGAUGCUAUUAGUUAUUCUUUUUUAAUAAAUAUUCAAAUAGUUUAAUUAAUUUAGCCACUUUAUAUGCUAGUAACUCUCAGCAUAUAGAUUUAUGACCUUGUUAAAUAAAAAAUAGUUGAAAAAAAAUUAUAAUAGCAAGAAGAUUAAUUGGAUCAAUAAUAAUUUACUGAUUUGAAUUUAUCAAACACAUAAAUUGAGCUAUCAAAUAACUAAAUAAAACCUUUUAAUAUUAUCAAUAUUUUUAAGAAAAAUAAGUGUUCUUAAAAUUAAAAAGAUGAAUAGAAUAUACUAGAUAAGUAAAAUCAAUCUGAAACAAUUUAAAAAUAAGAUUGA